CAUGAAAUCAGCCCCGGAGUCCUGUAUAGCCAUGCUGGGGACAGGGAGGUGGGAAAGAGGACCCCGCCAGAGGUCCCCUGGGGAGCAGGGUAGAGAGAGGGCCCUUGGGAUGGGCCAGCCUCAGACACUGCUGCAGGGAAACUAGGAGUUUGAUGGGCCAGGGGUAACUCUUUGCUCCCGCCCCUCACCCCGUCCCUUGGGCCAUGUGCCUGCUUGCGGUGCCGCGGGCGCGCCCAGCUGGGCCAGGCUCUGUUGACUGUCCUCCGCCCCAUCCAGGAAUCGCCCUGCCUGCCAGGAAUCGCCCUGACUUACCAGGCAGGCAUCAUUUCCUGAAAGUCAGCCCCGGCUUAGAGGAAGUAGGCGCGCGCCGCGGUGACUAAACUCACAUGCAAAUGCAGCCCAAGCCGCCGCUCCUGCCGCCACCACCACCAGCUCGGUGGUCAUGAGGCAGCUGCUGCCCGCAGCUCUGCCAGGGGGACCUGUCCGGCAGCCGGCGCAGCCCCCCACGCUCCUCGGCCAUGUCCCAGCUGCAAUUUUGGCUACAGUUCGCAGCCCUCAGCAAGGACCCCUCCUACUUAGAGGACUUAUCCACCGCCUCCAUCUUGUCCUCAUCGGUGGACUCACUGUCGGAUAUAGUGGACACGUCUGAUUUCCUGCCAGUGGACAGCCUGAGCCAAGUCCCUACCAUCUGGGAUGUGAGCACCUCCUCGUCCACCCAGGACAAGCUCUUCCCGCCCAGUGUGGCCUUUUCCAGCCUUCAGGACCCUGCACCUGCCCUGUCCAACACCCCACUACUCGUCAGCUACCAGUCACAGACGCAGCCGGAGGAGGAGGAGGAGGCUGAUGAGGAAGAAGCUGAGGAGCUGGGCCACGCAGAGACCUAUGCAGACUAUGUGCCCUCCAAGUCCAAGCUCGGGAGGCAGCACCCGGACCGUGUGGUGGAGACCAGCACGCUCUCCAGCGUGCCGCCGCCCGACGUCACCUACACCCUGGCCCUGCCCACCUCGGACAGCAGCGCUCUGUCGGCCCUGCAGCUCGAGGCCAUCACCUACGCCUGCCAGCAACAUGAGGUCCUGCUUCCCAGCGGGCAGCGUGCCGGCUUCCUGAUCGGUGAUGGCGCCGGCGUGGGCAAGGGCCGCACGGUGGCCGGCAUCAUCCUGGAGAACCACCUACGGGGCAGGAAGAAGGCGCUGUGGUUCAGUGUCUCCAAUGACCUCAAGUACGAUGCAGAGCGUGACCUGCGGGACAUUGAGGCCCCGGGCAUCGCAGUGCAUGCGCUCAGCAAGAUCAAGUAUGGUGAUAACACUACCUCAGAAGGCGUGCUCUUCGCCACCUACUCAGCCCUGAUCGGGGAGAGCCAGGCCGGUGGCCAGCACCGCACGCGCCUGCGGCAGAUCCUGGAGUGGUGCGGGGAGGCCUUUGAUGGCGUCAUUAUAUUUGACGAGUGUCACAAGGCCAAGAACGCCAGCUCCACCAAGAUGGGCAAGGCUGUCCUGGACCUGCAGAACAAGCUGCCGCUAGCCAGGGUGGUGUAUGCCAGCGCCACAGGUGCCUCGGAGCCCCGCAACAUGAUCUACAUGAGCCGCCUGGGCAUCUGGGGGGAGGGCACGCCCUUCCGCACCUUUGACGACUUCCUGCAUGCCAUUGAGAAGAGGGGUGUGGGCGCCAUGGAGAUCGUAGCCAUGGACAUGAAGGUCAGCGGCAUGUACAUUGCCCGCCAGCUUAGCUUCUCAGGCGUCACCUUCCGCAUCGAGGAGAUCCCACUGCCCCCUGCCUUUGAGCGUGUCUACAACCGGGCAGCUCUGCUGUGGGCCGAGGCCCUGGCCGUGUUCCAGCAGGCCGCCGACUGGACCGGCCUGGAGUCCCGCAAGUCACUAUGGGGUCAGUUCUGGUCGGCCCACCAGCGCUUCUUCAAGUACCUGUGCAUUGCCGCCAAGGUGCACCGCCUGGUGGAGCUGGCCCGUGAGGAGCUGGCCCGCGACAAGUGCGUGGUCAUCGGGCUGCAGUCCACAGGCGAAGCGCGUACGCGUGAGGUGCUGGACGAAAAUGACGGGCACCUGGACUGCUUUGUCUCUGCUGCCGAGGGCGUCUUCCUGUCACUCAUUCAGAAGCACUUUCCUUCAGCUAGGAGACGUCGCGAGCGAGGAGUGGGGAACAAGAGGAGACGGCGGCCGCGGGGCCGUGGGGCCAAGGCUGCCCGGCCAGCACUGGAGGUAUGCGGCGUGAUCCGCAUCAGCGAUGAUAGUAGCACCGAGUCAGACGGCGGCCUGGAUAGUGACUUCAACUCCUCUCCCGAGUCCCUGGUGGAUGACGACGUGGUGAUUGUGGAUGCCACCGGGCCCGCUGCCGAUGAGCGAGGCCCCCUGUACUCCUUGCAGAGAGAUGCCCAGGGCCCUGGUGUCCUGGAGCGGGUGGAGCGGCUAAAACAGGACCUGCUGGCCAAAGUGCGGGCUCUGGGUCGGGAGCUGCCGGUCAACACGCUGGAUGAGCUUAUCGACCGGCUCGGGGGGCCCGAGCGAGUGGCUGAGAUGACCGGCAGGAAGGGCCGUGUGGUGUCCCGGCCCGACGGGACGGUGGCCUUCGAGUCGCGGGCGGAGCAGGGCCUGUCCAUCGAUCACGUGAACCUCCGAGAGAAGCAGCGCUUCAUGAGCGGCGAGAAGCUGGUGGCCAUCAUCUCGGAGGCGUCCAGCUCGGGUGUCUCCCUCCAAGCCGACCGCCGGGUCCUGAACCAGCGCCGCCGCGUGCACAUGACUCUGGAGCUGCCCUGGAGUGCUGACCGUGCCAUCCAGCAGUUUGGCCGCACCCACAGGUCCAACCAGGUCUCGGCACCUGAGUACAUCUUCCUCAUCUCAGAGCUGGCUGGCGAGCGCAGGUUCGCCUCCAUUGUGGCCAAGCGGCUGGAGAGUCUGGGCGCCCUGACCCAUGGGGACCGCCGUGCCACCGAGUCCCGCGACCUGAGCAAGUACAACUUCGAGAACAAGUAUGGAGCCCGGGCCCUCAGCUGUGUCCUCACCACCAUCCUGAACCAGACGGACAACAAAGUGCCCUUGCCCCAGAGCUACCCGGGAGGGGAUGCUGCUUUCUUCAGGGACAUGAAGCAGGGCCUGCUGUCUGUCGGCAUCGGUGGGCGGGAGCUGCGCUCAGGCUGCCUGGAUGUGGACAGAGACUGCUCCAUCCCCAAGUUCCUGAACCGCAUCCUGGGCCUGGAGGUGCACAAGCAGAACGCACUCUUCCAGUACUUCUCUGACACCUUCGACCACCUCAUCGCCGCCGACAAGAAGGAGGGGAAGUACGACAUGGGCAUCCUGGACCUGGCUCCCGGCAUUGAGGAGAUCUAUGAGGAGAGCCAGCAGGUAUUCCUGGCCCCUGGGCACCCACAGGAUGGCCAGGUAGUCUUGUACAAGAUCAGCGUGGACCGCGGCCUGAAGUGGGAGGCUGCGCUGGCCAAGUCCCUGGAGCUCACGGGUCCCUAUGACGGCUUCUACUUGUCCUACAAGGUUCGAGGGAGCCAGCCCAGCUGCCUGCUGGCCGAGCAGAGCCGCGGCAAGCACUUCACCAUCUACAAGCCCAACAUUGGCCGCCAGAGCCAGCUGGAGACCUUGGACAGCCUCUGCCGCAAGUUCCACCGGGUUCCUGCAGAGGAAGCCCGGGAGCCCUGGGAGAGCGGCUUUGCCUUCUCGCUGACCCACUGCAGCCACAUGGUCUGGAACCAGCGCUGCCGGCCAGUGCAGGAGGGCAAGGAGUGUGUGCUGGGCCUGAGGCUGCGCCACCACUACGUGCUAUGCGGGGCACUGCUGCGUGUGUGGGGCCGCGUGGCUGCCGUCAUCGCCGACGUCAGCAGCAGCAGCUAUCUGCAGAUUGUGCGUCUCCGCACCAAGGACCAGAAGAAGCAAGUGGGCAUCAAGAUUCCAGAGGGCUGUGUGCGGCGCGUCCUGCAGGAACUGCAGCGCAUGGACGCCGACGUGAAGCGCAGGAUGGCACGAGCCCGGGGGCCGCUUGAGCUGCCCUGUGGCCCCGGCGAGGUGCUGGACCUUACCUACAGCCCGCCGGCCGAGCCCUGCCCACCGCCGCCCCUGCCAUUGCCGCCGCCUCGCUUCACCUUCCCGCCGCUGGAGUGCAUGCCCGGUGCCGACCCGGCAGGGCUCACGCCCCAGGGCUGCGACAUCAACUUCAAGGAGGUGCUGGAGGACAUGCUGCGCUCCCUGCACCCCACGCCAGCGCCACCCCCAGGGCCCCCCGAGCGCCAAAGCGUCAUCCAGUUCAGCCCACCCUUCCCCAGCUCCUAGGCAGCCGCGCGGGCGCGGGGGCAGCCCC